CAAACUACGGAGUAUGUUUUGGACAUUAUUUAACCUUGUCAAAGACGAACAAAAAUGUUAGAAUAACAACAUUUCUUACUCCAAGUUUUAGGGGUGCUGAGCUCCAUUUUAGGGGUGCUGAAGCACCCAUAAAAAGGGGCUAGCCUCGCCCUUGUGUUAACCAACACAAUAAAUUUGCUUUUCUCCGCUGUUUUUUUCUUUUUAAAAACGAAUGUAUGGAUGCAGAUUCGCAAAGAUCAAAAGGUUAAUAUUGCAGCGAAAAUAAGCUUAGGUUACCAGACGCGUUUUGGAAGGAAGACUCAAUGGGGAGAGAGGAGCAACAAGUCCGCGAUAUAUCACACGCUCCGGUUUACAGAAAUUCGAUAUGAGAUCUAUUCAUCUAUAAUUCCCAUCGCGUACCCUGUACUUUCUGUCCCAGGCGUGGCCAGUAGAUUGUGAUUCUAGCAACGCUAGAAUCACAAUACACCAUGUGUUUCAACAUGUCUCUAGCACCGUACAACCACCUGUUCAAUCUGCUAAUAAUCAUCACUAAAGGUCUCUCUCAGUUGAUAAAAACCCAGCAGGUUGUCAUAGUAACCCUGGGAGGAGAUGCUCACUUCAGCUGCAGACUCAUGGAACCUAAAGACGUCCUGCAAGUCACCUGGCAAAAAGAGACACCAGGAGGGAAUGUAAAUGUGGCCUCCUACAACAAACAUUUUGGUCCUGAAGUAAACCCACCUUUUAAUAGGAAAGUGGAGUUUCUAAAUGUCGGACUGCAGAACUGCUCUAUAGUCAUCAGAGGAGUAUCAAGAGAAGAUGAGAGCUGCUACAAGUGUCUGUUCAAUAUUUACCUAGGUAGAGAUAUCAGUGGAAGGACCUGCCUUCAAACUAUUGAGCUGUAUGGACCCACACUCAUAGUGACACAAACCACUGACACUCAUCCCCUCUUCUCUGGGUUAACUGUCUCCUGCUCUGCCACGGGACGACCUGCUCCAAUAGUGGCCUGGAAUGAAACCAUAAAAUUGGUUUUGGAAAACUCUACAACGGUCAAUGUUACUCAUCCUAAUGGAACUGUUACUGUCACCAUUACAUCCAUAGUUGAAGUUCCCAGUCUUCCUGACAUUGACACCGUGGUUCGGUGUGUGGUGUCAUCUGGCAGUGCCAUCAAGGAGGGCUCCAGAAGGAUUCCAACCUCUUUUACUGGUCCAACUGUACCUCCAGUCUCCAAUGAUGGAUGGAUAAGGGGUCAUGGGAAAGUGGGUUUUGUGGUUGUUAUUGCUCUAGUCUGCAGUAUAGUUUGGUGGCUGCAUAAGAGAAAUCAAAUGAACAGAGAAGAAAGAAAACAGCAAGAGGAUGCUGAAAACAGAGACUCUCGCAAGGACACCUUCAUGUAGUGCAACAAAAAUUUUUUUCAGAUCUUCAGAGAGAUCUUUGCCAUGAGGUGCCUUGUUGAACUUCCAGUGACCA